AUGGAACGCGUAGCAACCUGUGACAUAAACGAACAUUGGACUGCUACCAUGAGAGCUAUGAAGAGAUGUAACAGCAACAUAAAAAACUACUACAAUGAACACGAAGACCAGCCCUUAAGAUACCUGUAUUGCAAAGGAAUGAAGGUAAACUGCAAAGCAAGACAAUCUCCCGCGCUGAAUUAUGUAGAAAAAAUCAAGAGAUUCAUAACUAAACUGAUCGUCACCUUGAAGGAUACUUUCCCACACAUUUAGAAACACGUUCAGCACCCUGAUCUUUCACCUCUUACAAAAUCUCUAAGCCGCCAGCAACAUUUGCAGUGUGCAGUGUAAAAGGCAUGUAGUUUGGAAUGGGUAGGACAAAUCAUUGAUUGUGAUGUUACAUAAUAAAAAAGUCAAAUUGCGCAUUUUCCGAGCCUGAAAUCCAAAAAAUCGACAAGUUUCAGCGCAAAUGUGUUCUGUAACGCCACUGACCCUUUUAAAUAGUGUGCUGGCGAGUAUUAGCGAGCCAGCAAUUAUCGUGCCAAACUUUGUAGGGGCAAUAUCGUUUUUCAAGCUCUAAGAGAGGGGAGGAAAGAAGAAAAGACGGGACGAGCAUGGUCUCUCCCGCAAGUCCUGUCCUGUUUACUGAGGGUAUGAAACAGACUGCAAAGACAACGGAAAUCAGUUUUUUUUUUCAAAAUUGUAAACUAGGACCUAGAAUUGGACAACGGUUUUAGGGUUUUCAGUUUGUCUCAUUAUCACUUAUAUUAGCACUGAGCGACUGAACGUAAAAGCAUUGGCGCUGAAUGUUGAAACCUAACUAACACCAUCCUCCCUUUCUAUACCUUCGCACUGUUGCUUCUUGAAGUGGGUAAAAGCCAACUAACUGGUCUAUUACGUUUUGUUAACUCAUCAGUAGCCGAGUUAAGUCUCUUUCAAAUAUAUUCACUUAUGAAGGUUUUGAUGAAAUGCGCCGAAGAUGUCACCGCGAGGUUUGAGGAUACAUUCAACUGUACCAGUGAAGUGCUUCAAAAGUGGGUCUUUGUCUCGCUGCAGUAUAUCCUGAUAAGUAAAAAGGAGCAUAUCUGUAAUUAUAACACCACUUUGUUGAGACGACUGGUGGCCAGGUUAGGUAAGUUUCUGUCGUGACGAUAUUGUACUUUGUACGACCUUCUUGAAGACUCGCAUUAGCCAGUUUUUGAGGUCAGCGGUGUUGUGUAUUGCACUAUGGUGGACGAUCUAGCUAUUCAAAGGAGGGUAGAAAAAAAUGUAAAGAGGCACACGCGCCAAAGGCCCAAACGGCCGGAGCUUAUCGCGGUUUCCUUAGCAUAAUGCAUGCCUAGAAACAUUGCUACUCCCCCCUGGACGGGAUGCUAGUCCAUCGCAGGGUUACUCCCAGCAGUAUGUCGCUGGUACCCAUUUUUAGUAAAAUCCAACUAGUGCUCUUUUUUCAAUGCUGCGUUCUGAUUGGUUGAGCUACUACUAAGCUAUUACCACUAGUAGGGAAAAGCGCGGGCUUUUUGGUGGCAUAAAAGGAUUAAAGUCUAGCUUUAACUAGCUAAAAGUUUUUUAUUCUCGACAAUUUUGACCAACUAGUUGGAUUUUACUAAAACAACUAUUCUCUCGCCCUCAUAGCCUCUGAGUCAAUAGCCCAUGAGGCCUUCGGCUUGGGUGAAGAGAGAGAAAGUGGAAUGAACUUCUUAGUCGAAGGAAAGAGGGUCAAACUUCCCACUCAAAAUAAUGCCAUAAUGCAAUACCUACCCACCUUUUUCCAGGUCUUCUCCCACGACGUUUAACACCAUGUUUACAAUGACGUCAUUUGACUUCAUCAAUCAGAAUUCGUUGCGUUUUCAUUUUCCUAUUGAAACAGGCCAUUUCUGAGUUACCUCAAGCCUCCUUUUCAAAGUGAGGCUAAGUGCGAAGACACUAAUACGAAAAUGAUUUUUUAUUCUCACGCAAAUAAAACUCAUUUUCACAAGAAAGGUUUGGCACUUGACCUCUUUUUGAAAGUGAGAGUUUUAGGAACUCGGAAGUGGCCUAUUUAGUAUUCCUGACGUUAUUUCGCAACUGUCUUCUGGGAAGAUCUUCUGAUUGGUUGAAGUAAAUUUAGAAAAUAGAAAAUGAGCAGAUAAAAACAGGUCAGAAUAAUUCUUAUGGAUGAAAAAAUUGCGUGAAACACUAUUAAAUUUAUGUGUAGAAAUAAUUAACAGUAAACAACAAGUAAAGGGGAAACUUGGUCACGUGGUACGAAUUCGCUUUACCGUUUGACGUAAACGUGUGCGGUUUCAGAAUACAAUGGACCUUAUUUUGCAUGAGAAAAGAAACCACCCAAGGAUUAUGGUUGGUGUAGCCAAACGACGUCAUUGCGCAACUGCAACUGUCUUCUGAGUAGAUAUUCUGAUUGGUGGAAGCAAAUUUUUCAGUACAACAAUGAAGUCUGCAAAACUGUUUGGCUAACAACUUUUCAAAAACCCCAUUUGAAAUCUGUUUCAAUCUUCUUGAAGUAUCCGCUCCUUUUUUUGUAUUUGCUGUGUUAUUUAUACCUUCUUUUCAUGUUUGGAGCAGUUUCUUUUAUAAUUUGCCUGGUUCAACGGCGGUUCUUGCGGUUUGAAUUUCGAUAACUUUCGUGACACAGCUUCUUUAAUCUCUUGGUAGGUUUUGAUAAUGACGACAGAUAUAAGAACUUGAGCAUUGCCAGGGUUGUCAUACCAGGUAAAUUAAGAAGUUGUGGAUGGUUAUUCCCUUUCAGCAGAGGUCUCUCAUGGGAAGAGAAAAAUGAUAGGAAAGAGAGAGACCUCUGCCAGCCUCCGACGCGUUCUUUCAUGUAGCCACUGACUACAUUUGUGGUCGAGACUUGCUGGUUUUUAAAACCGGUUCAAUCUCCUUCCCAGAGUCUGGGAACGAGAUUGAUACCACCCCGUUUCCCCGUUUUUAAGCCCGUUUCAUUUAAGGUGGAAUGUGCGUGCCCUUUUGAGACCGCACGCUGGAAAUUUCUGAGCCCACAGUUGUUAUGGCGCAGACCGGUUCUGUAAGUUGUGUCGCACGUGACUAAAACGUUACUGGUUGGUAAAGAAACACCAGUGCAUGCGUGAUAGAAAACGCAUCGGAGGCCGGCAGAAGUCUCUCUCUCUUUCCUUUCUUUCCGUGGGAGACCUCUGCUAGCGGGGAAGAAUGGUUAUCUCGAAAAAAGGUAUUCGAAGAUGGCGUUCCUUCCCCACAGCACGUGACGAAGUCCUUAGCGAGCUUGCGUGGGAGGCUAAUUUCGAAGAGGUUCAUUAGAGGAAAAUUCUUUUCUUUUGAGAUAUUCCCCUAAGCCUUAUUCAAAAUUGUUAACCCUUUAAACAAAAAAACUGGAAAAUAUGCUUUUUCAAUCAGUUAUACAGGCGGCGCAGAAGAAAAAAAAUCUGUGUACUCCCAACAGGAGUCGAACCUAUGAUCUUCUUGUAAAGUUAUAACGAAAGAAUUUGAUCACGUGAUGUGAGAAAGAACCGCCACAGAGUAUAUCCAAAUAAGCUAAACAGACUAAAAACAUUAGAAAAAUUGCAUCGCCUCCAAUCACAGUCCGGCCUUAUUUUCUGAAACUUCCCAAAAGGACAGGCGUACUCAAAACUUCAUGGGAUUGGUUGGGAAAACAAAGAUAACAAUGGAACUUAGCACCAAACCAAAAGAGCUGUGUCAUAUAGGGGUCCAAUGAAAUUAGAGGCGUUAAAAAGGUGCGAGGCUAAUGUGACCCUGGGCGUUUUAUUAACAGCAGGCUUGGACAAAGACGCCACUUUGUGCCGCCGUUGCUUUGUUUCAUGAGCUUACUAUGACCCACCCAGGUGAAAAUAGAGGUAGGGGUAGACCCUGUUCCGACUUUUUCCAAACAAUGGUGUGGUCCCUUCGAAUUAACUAUGGUGAGUUUGAGCUUCACGUAUACGACAAACGGCAAACGUCAGAUUCAAGUUGAGAAUUUCUUAAAAUAGAAAAUGAGCAGAUAAAAACAGCUCAGAAUAAUUUUUAUGGAUGAAAAAUUGCGUGAAUCACUGAUUAUGUGUAGAAAUGAUUAACAGCAAACGACAAGCAUAAAGGGGAAACUUGGUCACGUGGUACGAAUUCGCUUUACCGUUUGGCGUUAACGUGAUGUUUAACCUCUCUUAUAACAAAACGAACUAUUCGAAGAUGACAGAGACGAGGCCAACCACGUGACGUUACCGUCGAAAGACGCGAUCAUCUGAACAAGACCGAACAUCAUAAACACAGUACAGCGGCCUGCAUGAUCUUACCAGUAGUCCGGCCAAUCUCGUUCCGAAAGGCUGCGAUCCUUUGGUAAGCACCAAAGAUUACUAACGUCGUCCGUUGCCCGUUCCACUAGAUAAGGGUAAGGGUUCUGGGGAUGAGAUUGUAGUUCACAUGGGGUUUGAAUUGGCUACUGCACAUGCGUUUCUCACUUGGUUUGCAACUGUUUGCAGUAGACAUGUGAACCAGCCUGACCAAUCAUCAUGAUCAGUAACCAUUAUUAUUUUACAUUGUCAUGGGCAUGAUCUUACCAUUAGUACAGGGGUAGGUAGUUCGGCUGGGGUUUGAAUUGGCUAUUGCACAUGCGUACCUCGCUUGGGUGGCUACUGUUUGCAGUAAACGUGUGAACCAGCCUGACCAAUCAUCAUGACCAGUAACGAUCAUAAUUUUUCAUUGUAGGUAACCUUUUGUCAUGCGCUAAGGCGAUUCACCAGAAAUGUGCUCUGAAACUGGUCUCGACUUCGGAGAACCUUUGCAAAGGCGUUGAAGACUUUGUCGAAUGCUACCACAAUGCCGUAGUGUCUUUUCCGCCGCCAGAUAUCGUUGCCUGCAACUUCCCACCCGGGCUAGCUGUUCCAGAAAUAAGCAAGAAGUUCGAAGACCUUAUUCACAAUUUCAGCAAUGAGCUCAUUAAUGGCUACGAAAUGAAUGCAGGGGAAAUGUGCAACGUGGAUGAAAGUGAAAUUGAACAUAGUUAUGAGCAUUAG